GACAAUGCAUCCAAUAACAACACCAUGACUGCAGAACUGGCAGAUCUGGUGGCACAUUUUGGUGGGGAAUCUGCUUGGACAUGCUGCUUUCUGCAUGUAGUCAAUCUCAUUGCGAAAUCAUUGAUUAAGGAGUUUGACUUACCCAAGAAGAUGGCCUGA